UUGUGUGGUAAGGAAGAUGAUUCAGAGAUUGGAGAGGGCCAAGGUAGUUUCCUUAUUUGGGAUGCAAAAAGGGUUAUUGUCGGAGCAGGGGCUCGGGCUUUUUUCUAUCCUACAUUGUUAUAUAAUGUUGUUAGAAACAAGAUUCAAUCCGAGUUUCGAUGGUGGGAUAGGGUUGAUGAGUUUGUAUUAUUAGGUGCUGUUCCAUUUCCCAAAGAUGUUCCACAAUUGAAGGCUCUUUGCGUAGGUGGAGUGGUUACCUUGAAUGAGCCGUACGAGACUUUGGUCUCGACAUCAUUAUAUCGAGAUCAUAACAUCAAUCACCUGGUAAUUCCUACAAGAGAUUAUCUGUUUGCUCCAUCAUUUGGGGUCAUUUGCCAAGCUGUCGAAUUCAUCCACAGUAAUACAUUUUGCUGCAAAACUACAUAUGUUCAAUGUAAAGCUGGUCGAGGCCGCAGCACCACAGUUGUACUCUGUUACUUGGUUAAAUACAAGAAUAUGACACCCGAGGCUGCAUACAAGCAUGUGAGGUCCAUUAGACCAAGGGUACUGUUGGCCUCAUCCCAGUGGAAGGCUGUUCAAGAUUACUAUUACAGAUUGAAGAAACCUGGGUGUGGAUAAUUCACCUCGUAGAACCUUAGGUAUUGCUGGGAAAGUCGACCUGGAAGCCUUUGACGAUAACUCUAUGGUGUUAAUAACAAAAUCUGACCUUGAUGGAUAUGAAGAAAGUGAUGAUUCCCAUGUUUUUCGCAAAUACAUAAUGGCAGACGUCAACCUAGCAUGCAGGGUACAGUUUGCCAGUCAAGCAGCCAUUUCUCGGCUUUCUUGCUUGUGGCUUCGUUGCCAUGUGAGCCAGAGAGCAUCAAGAGAGAAUAUGGAAAGCUGUAUGGGAUAUCAGUUGGGGAACACAGGCGUUGAUAUUCGUGUUUAUUGAGAUGUCAUUUUGGUCACCUUGUUUUUGGUGUUCAAGUAUUAGAUGAGCAAGUAAUAAGAAUGGAUUAUGUAUACCGCUCUCCGAAAACCAUCUCGUUCUGAGAUGUUAUGGCCCAAGGAUUUUGAGCGCUUGUGGUUUUGGAAAGUGUACCGAUUAUAUAAAUUUUAUGUAAGGGGAAGUCGCUUUGUGUACUGUGUUGUGGAAAGAAGCCUUAAUCCUUACAAUUGUUACCUAUUUAUUACAAUGGGAAAAUAAUAGCUGGGAUUAUGUCUUUUCAUA